AUGUAUUCCAACCCUCAUGCGGCCAUGCCGCCGCCGCAGUCGCGCUCCGUCGCUCCCGAGACCUUCUUAUUAGAUCAGGAUGCGCAGCAAAGCCUCCCGCCGGACAGCGUCGUCGCGCUGCAGCAAGUAGACAACCUCAAGUACUUCCUCAUCUCCGCGCCCGUCGACUGGCAACCCGAUCAGUACAUCCGCCGCUUUCUCUUGCCCACCGGCGAGUAUGUGUCCUGCGUGCUAUGGAACAACCUCUUCCACAUCUCAGGUACUGACAUCGUGCGAUGCCUGUCCUUCCGCUUCCAGGCCUUUGGCCGACCGGUCAAGAACUCCAAGAAGUUCGAGGAGGGUAUCUUCUCCGACUUGCGCAACUUGAAGUCGGGCACCGAUGCGUCGCUCGAGGAGCCCAAGAGCGCCUUCCUUGACUUCCUCUACAAGAACAACUGCAUCCGCACGCAAAAGAAGCAGAAGGUCUUCUACUGGUACAGCGUGCCUCACGACCGCCUGUUUCUCGAUGCAUUGGAGCGCGACCUCAAGCGCGAGAAGAUGGGCCAGGAAGCCACAACCGUCGCCGUCAGCGAGCCUGCCCUCUCAUUCGAAUUCGAUUCGUCGCAAUCGCUGUUCGAGCAACUCACCAAGGCCCAGCAGACCAACUCCUCAUCCUUCAACAACAAUGUCCAGACCUACUCGCAGUCGACGUCACCGGUGAUGCGCGCGAUGGACUCCAUGCCCCCACCUCAGAUGGUCCCGCAAAACAUGCCACCCCAGGUGCACGAGGAGCCCAUGGCUCCCAUGGUUCAAUACCAGCAGAUGUCAAUGGCGCCGAGCAUGCAGAGCACUGUUGUUAAGAGCAGAGAACGCGAGUUUGCGCCGCAGGUGCAGUACGACCGCAAUGGUAUCCCGCUUUCACAGGUGCAUCAGCGACACAGCUCCAUGCCCGCUUACAUGGAGUACUCGCCCGCUCCGUCAUUCGUAUCUUCCCAUUACGAGGACUACAGCACUCGCGGCAUGUCAUUCGAGCCUCUGACCCCGCCUCAGCACCAAAUUAGCCUCGGUGCGGAGCCUGCGUAUAUCGCCAACGAGGACACUGGUCUCUACAGCGCCAUUCCUGAGCUCGGCGUGUCGCACUCGUUCAACCCGCUCAUGAACAUCCCUCCGUCCAACUUGAUGGGUCCUAGCUACCCUGGCGUCAACAGGGCAUUCCCCCCAGGAAACGUGUACUCUGUCAUUGAAGGCUCUCCGACCUACAAGCAGCGACGGAGGCGAUCAUCCAUCUCCACUGCUGCUGCUGUCGCUGCAGUAACUGCCACUGGUAACGCUCACCAGGUUCACCGCCCAAGUGACUUGAGGCGGUCAAUGUCAAGCUCCAUCAUGCCCGUUCCCGAAGGCGAGGAGGUGACACAUUCCAGCCAUAACUCUCCGGAUAGCGCCACCGGUCCAUCCCUGGGCCAGUCAAUUCCUGAAGCCAAGCCGCAGGUAAACAUCUCGCGUCACGGCACUCCUCUCCACACCAUCGAAGACAGCCCGCCACAACAGCAGGCGAUGCUUCAGCAGGACGAGCUCAACAGCCUCGUCAACGGUGACAUGUUCGACAGCCCCCUACAGCACAGCGCAGUUGCCCGUGCUCAAGGUGGUCCCAAUGUGUUCCGACGAGCCCGCAGCGCCACUAUGAUGGAGAUUGGCCCGUACCCCCAGAAAUCUCACUCUUGCCCGAUCCCCACCUGCGGUAGGCUGUUCAAGAGGUUAGAACACCUCAAGAGGCACGUGCGCACCCAUACACAAGAGCGGCCUUAUGUCUGCCCUCUCUGCAACAAGGCUUUCUCCCGAUCCGAUAACCUUGCCCAACAUCGUCGCACGCAUGAACCUCGUCCAGACGGCGAGCCGCUCGACUUCAAUGACGAUGACCUCGAGGGCGAGGACGCUCACCUCGACUCUCUCGAGGAGGAGUCGCCCGACUCUGGCAACGAUUAUCUCUCUGGCCUUCCCCAGAUUCCCACAUCCAUCACCGAUAUACCCGGACCACUUGCCAUGUCUAUGGCACCACCGCAGCACCACCUCAUCGCUGCCAACAAUUAUUAA